UGAUAUAAUUUGUGGUUACAGUUUUUUACGUUAAAUAAAAAUACAUGAUUCUUGCAAUAAAAAUCAGAAAUUUUCACAGUUUAGAUUCUCUGCAAAUUUGCUAUCGAAAUCCUCAGUACAGUUCCUGAGAAUCUGUGCGAUUUAUAGUAUUGAGAGCUUCACUCUUGUUCCCUUAAUUUUUACUCGGACAAAUUGGUAUGGGAGUUGUGACUGUCUCUAGUUCAGCUGCUAGAACUCCAGUUGGAUUGAGUACCAAGUUUCAAACUCACCAUUCAACAUUAAAGAAACCAUUGAUUGUGGCAUUCAAAGGGGAUAAAACAGAUAAUACGGCUUUAGUAGUGCCACAUGAGCAAAUUCCAUUGCCGAUAGAAGCGCCUAAGCAGCAACGAAAGACACUAGGAAAAGGUAGCAAAUCUUUGAAGAGGGUGAAAGCGAUCUUCACUGAUGAGGCCUCUCCAUGCACAUCAGAAGUGGAUUACCAUGAAGCUGCUGCCAAACUUGAAAACAUCUACAAGCUUAGUCCAGCAAUUAGUACUUCAGAUGUUGAAGAUAAUGGUGUAAUGAGGAGAGGAAGGCGGAGGAGAAAAGGGAGCGCUAGUGAAGCUGAUACUCAUAAACCAGUAGUUAGGAACUUGGCUAAGAGUCCUAAGAGAUUGAAUCUUGAUAAAAGGAUUGAACUGAGGAAGAAGAAGAUGGAUGAAGUGAUGGAAAAAAGACGAAGAAAAAAGGAUGUCGAGGCUGAAAAUGAGAAGAUUGAGAUACUUUUAAGGGAUUAUUCAUCAUCAACUGAUUUCGUUAGCUUGGAUUGGAAAAAAAUGAAGAUACCUCCAGUUCUUUCCUCUACAGAGCAUACUUGGUUGUUCAAGCUGAUGCAGCCUAUGAAGGCACUCGUUCAAGUAAAGGAGCAUUUGCAGAAGGACAUAGGGAAAGAACCAACCGAGGCUGAAUUAGCUGAGGCAACAAGUAUGACUGUGGUUCAAGUGAGGAGAUGCUUGCAGGUUGGUCGAGCUGCACGAAACAAGCUCAUUAAACACAAUCUCCGCCUUGUUUUAUUUGUAAUGAAAAAAUAUUUUCAAGACUUUGCAAAUGGCCCCAGAUUUCAAGAUCUCUGUCAGGCUGGAGUGAAGGGACUUAUCACAGCAAUUGAUCGUUUUGAACCAAAAAGGAGAUUCCAGCUAUCUACUUAUGGCCUGUUUUGGAUCAGGCAUGCAAUUAUACGUUCGAUGACAGUUUCAAGCUUCACACGUGUUCCAUUUGGCCUUGAAUCAGUAAGGGCAGAAAUCCAGAGAGCAAAACUUGAAUUGUUGUUUGAGCUUCAGAGAUCACCAACAGAGGAAGAGAUAAUUAAAAAGGUUGGUAUCUCGCCUGAGAGGUACCGUGAAGUGAUGAAGGCCUCAAAGCCUGUUCUUUCUCUCCAUUCAAGGCAUGCAGUCACCCAAGAAGAGUUCAUUAAUGGGAUUACUGAUGUUGAUGGGGUUGAAACUGAAAAGCCGAGGCAACCAGCUCUUCUCAGGCUUGCACUAGAUGAUGUGCUUGAUUCUCUAAAGCCUAAGGAGAGCUUGGUGAUUAGACAGAGAUAUGGAUUAGAUGGAAAAGGCGAUAGAACAUUGGGAGAAAUUGCAGGGAACUUAGGUAUUUCAAGAGAAAUGGUACGCAAGCAUGAGGUUAAGGCUCUCAUGAAGCUCAAGCAUCCAACUCGAGUUGAUUAUCUUCGCCAGUAUGUGAAACUGGGAAAAGAAGAGAAAUUGAAGCAUUCACAUGGAGUGUGUUGGAGUAUUGUAAAAUUAUUGAAAAGAUAGAUGACUGAUGGAAAUUCGGAGGUCAAAACUUUUUAUUGUUAGAUGAUUAAUGGGAAUUGCUGGAAUCUUUACCACUUUGAUUAAAAGGUGUGAUGUGUAUGAGAUCUCAGUGUUCGGUUAGUUGGUUACUCUUGAAGGUAAGUUUUUUAUCCCCUUUGUAUAUGAAGAGAUAUUGAAAUAAUAUUAAUUCUAUUGAACAGAA